AUACAUAUACACAAACUGAGUUUCCUUACAGAUAUGCGAUCACAACAUGGUCAUUACAUUUGUUGACGCUAGGCAUCCAGGGGCGAAUCAUGACUCAUUUGUUUGGAAUGUGAGUGUCGCAGAGCAGGAGCUAAAAUCUGAUUAUAACAAUGGGAAAACCAACACAUGGCUACUUGGUGAUUCUGGUUACCCCUUGCAGCCAUACUUGAUGACGCCAUUCAGAAGCGCAGCCGAUGGAAUUCAACGAAAUUACAACACAAAGCACUCGAAAGCUCGUAAUGUAAUUGAGAGAUGUUUCGGUGUUUUGAAAAACCGAUUUCGAUGUAUAAUUGGCUCGAGAGGACUACAUUAUUCACCGGAAAAAGUAACACAAAUUGUAAAUGUGUGCUGUGCUAUUCAUAACGUUUGUAUAUUUUUCAAACAUCAAAUUCCAUUGGAGAUCCCAGAUAUGGAGAAUCUUGUUAGUUACGAAGAAGAACUUGAAAACAGUAACAUUUCGAAUACAGCUGCCCUUAUUAGAAUGAGAAUAGCAGAGAGUUUGUUAUAAACGCAGUUUUAUUAUAAAGUAUGUGUGUCUAGAUUUCAGGUACACUAGCAAAAUUCAUUUAUGUCUUAAACCUAAUAAAAUAUUUACAUACAAAUUCAAC